AUGGACGGCCGGAAGCAGGGCCGCCCGGACGAGGAGCUGUUCCUGCGAUACGACAACAACAGCAACCCAGACACGCCCAUCAUUCCCACCGUCGGGCCCCUGAGGAUACAGAAAGGGCGCGAUGGUAAGAGCCCGCCGCCGCGAACAGACUCGGCGGGCAGCUCGAGCCAGCCCGCCUUCUCGCGCCCUCCUCCCAUGCCCUCGUUCCCCGCGCCGCCCACCAGCCCGCCCAACGCCCCUCUGCCCUACCCCGACAGCGACCGCCCGCCCACGCUCAGCACAGGCAGAUACACUCCGCUCAGCGAGAGGGAGCGCCGCGUGCGAACAGCCACACCCCCUGACGGCGCAGACGGACCGCGGCGAGGCUCCAAUGCGACAGGACCGAGUCCCACCUCGCCCAGCCAGCGCGCCCGCUUCGACGCCAACGACCCAAACCGACCCACGAUAAGCGGCUAUGGCGCGCGGAAUCCAGACGGCUCCAUCCAGCCCUCGAGGCUGGCCGAGCGCAGAGGGACAGCCCCGAAGCCGCUCCCAGACUCGCCAGGCCCCGAGGCGCCCGACAAGGAGGGCUUGUUCCAGAAGGCACCGCAGAGGAAGGGCAGCGAAGACGUGGGCGCCAGCAACCCAUACCCCGAGUACCACCAGCAGUACUUUCCCCCGCCCGCUGCUGGCUCCAGUGCGGCCCCGGCUGCGCCCGCUGCGCCAGUCGUAUACACAGGUCCCAACCAGAAUGAGCCGGUACUCAAGGUGCCUACGCCCAUGGACGUCAACCGCAUGAGCUCCACCGCAUCGACGUCAACAGUGAGGGCACAGAGAGGCUCACCUCCGCCCCCGGAGACGCCCAUCAUACCUCCCUCUGGCGGUGGCAUAGAAGCGCGCUUUGCCGCAGCUGGCAUUGCAGGCACCUCUACACUCACCAACCUCCAAGCGCAGAGUGCGCAGAAUGCGGCAGCUGCUCAGCGCAACCAGAUAUAUGCCAAUCAGCAGCCCAGGCCGGGUCUCUCAACACCACAGCCGAGCCAACAGCCGGCGAGGAGACCAUGGACGCCGACCGAGCAGCCUGGAGGCAAUCCACAUGGUCCACCGGCCGUGUACCAGGGCAUGGAUCAAGUGCCUCCUUCGAGCACUCCCCCACAGGGCCCUCUUCCGCAGGCACCAAACACUCGCUUUUCGCCGCCUCCUACCAACGUGAACGUACCUCCAGAACACCCGUUGAACCACGAGAUGGGACGGAUGAACUUGAAUGAAGAACCCCCACCAGCGUACUCGAGUAUAACAACCCCGCCAACAGGCCAAGCCCACAGCUAUCCCAACGAAAAGGGACAGCAGCCAGCUGCCCAAGGAGCUGGUUUCUCAGACCCUAACCAAGGCCAUCCGGCAUUCGCAAAUGACCCGCGUCCACAAGCUGGACCAUCACAACCUGCGGCGGUCAUCGCACCAACGCCGACGCAGAACCAGUUCCCUCCUCAAAUACAAACCACCCAACCCGCACACACACCAAGUCCAGCUCCAGGACCCGGGCCGGCCUCUCCUCCACCGCUUCCUGAAGGCUGGAUAGCACAUCUGGACCCUAGUUCUGGCCAGUAUUACUACAUCCAUCUUCCAACCCAGUCUACGCAGUGGGAGUUCCCCAAGGGUCCGACACCUCUGAACCUGAAUGAGCCCAUGUCUCCUACCGGUACAUUUGUUGGCGGCCCACUGGCGUCCCCGUCGUUUGGCAAAGCCCCCAUCGCAUCGCCUGGCUUUGCUCCACAGACGGCCACUUUUCCCGGAGACUUUGGCAUGGCGCCGCUUGCGACACCAACUACUACCGGCUUCACUGGACCGCCUCCAGUUGCUGGUGUAGACCAAUACAAGGUUGCUCCGACCAACGGCGUGUACUUUGGACCGUAUCUCAGAUACACUAACAUGGACAUUGAACGAGGUCUGUGGCUAGGUUCGAUACUGCUCAUCACAAACACCCCUCAUCCGCCGACUAUUCACAUCCAUCAGAGUGCAGAUCUGUCACCAAAUCCGCGACAACUGAAGGCCAAUCCCAUCUAUACACAUCAGACGUGGAUCUUUUACCGAUACGACAUUGAUCUGAGAAUGGAAGAUGAGCACGCUGCAAAAUGGACUUACGCGAUCACCUCGCACCUGGGCUGCACUCGCUUCGAGUUUCUGGUCGCAGGCCGAAACGAGACCAGCUGGCGGUUUAUUGCUCACUCUGGCAAUGACUUCGCGCUGAACGUCAACGCAAAUGAGAGAGCGAGGCUUGGUGGUGUAGGCCUGAUGUGGAAGGAUAUCCUACAGAAGAAUGCCGAGUGUGGCGGUUUCCACGUACAACUUGGUUUGGGUGGCCAAAUCUACGCCGACCGGCUAUGGAAAGAACUUCCUUUGCUCAAGCAAUGGACCGCGACAAGUGGUAAAGAGGCCCGAAAGAACGCGCCAUGGACUGCAAAGCAUGAAGAAGAUGUGUGUCAUGCAUACUUCCACUACUACACAAGUCACUUCGACCAGCCACACUUGCGAGAGGCAUUUGCACAGAUACCUCACAUUCUUGCUCUCGAUGACCAUGACAUAUUUGAUGGUUUCGGAUCAUACCCUGAAUACAUGCAGUUCUCGAACAUGUUCAAAAACAUUGGAAGACUGGGCAUUGAGAUGUACUUGCUCUUCCAGCACCACACAACAUUAGAAAUUCUCCGAAACGUCAACAACGACAUGGACCUUUUCACUAUAACGGGCACAGGCUGGCACUUCAUCAAGUAUCUGGGUCCAUGCGUUACAGUUGUUGGCCCCGAUUGUCGUUCUGAGCGCAACCCGCAUCAGGUGAUGGCAGGACCGACAUAUCAAGGUAUCUUCCCGAAGGUUGCGACUUUACCGCCGAGCGUUCAGCACUGCAUUUGGAUGGUUCCUGUUCCCAUUGUGUACCCUCGCCUGGAGUCAGUUGAGCAUCUUGCUCACUCCAUGGCUACUGGCAAGAAGGCUGUCACGGGUACAUUCAACAUGCUUGGAAAGGUGACAGCUGGAGUCGCUGGUGUCGUCGGUGCUAAGAGUGUGGUCGGCGAUGGCUUCAACUCUGUCAAGAAAGCUAUUGGCAAGUCAGGUCUGAUGAGCGGAGUUCUGAGUCCCUUUGGCGAGAUCGAUUUGCUUGAUGAGCUGAGAGACCAAUGGACGCACGAUUCAAAGGAUCUCGAACGAACCUACUUGAUACGAACACUCCAAGGCAUCGCACACAAUAAGUCGCUACGAAUGACGUUCUUCUCUGGUGCGGUCGACUGCUGCGGCGCUGGCCUCGUCCAUGACCCAUCGAGACCCCAAGAUCACAAGACAAUGUACCAGAUCAUCUCAUCGUCAGUGGUAAAUGGGCCGCCUGGAAGCUAUGUGCUGCGACUCCUUCACAACAACCGUGCUCUCUACGUACCACAGAACGGACACCGCAGCAAUAACCAACCCAGCGACACGAAGGAAGACAUGAUGGAGAUUUUCACGCAAGACGUGAACGGACAACCUCGCGAACACAAGAGGCUGAUGGGUCGACGAAACUACGUCGCUUGUGUCAUCUACGAUCCGGAGAUCGUCAACGGGACGUUUGGUCAGGCUGUCCCUGGACAUGGCAGUGGCAAGUUGAGUUUGGCGGUUGAUUUCAUGGUGCAGAAUGAUGGCGGAUACAGUGCGCCGAUGAAGUACGGGCCUGUCAUCGUCCCCAGCCUGGAGUAUGGUAGAUAG